GAGCCUAGCGCAAGCAACGUGAUCAAGCUGGAUUCCACCAGCUUCCUUUCCCUUCUACUCCUAAGUUCCAAUCACUUCGACACGCACAGCGAAGAAAGCGACACGGGAAGCAAACGCACCAAAAUUGCGUGCGUUCUCCAGCCAGAUUCGCUUGCCUCCUUUCCUACUCCAAGCACAAACCCAAACCCCCCACGGCCCCCGCACUGGUCCCUGCCUCCGCCGCGCCGCGUCGCCCCGCCGCCUCGAGAGCCCCCCUGCCUGCGCGCGCGCCAGCCUCCGCCCCCGCGCUGCGUGCCGGCGCGUUCAAAUGGAGGCGGGAGGCGGGCCCACGCUCCAGCCCCUCCUCUGCCUCGCCUGGGUCGCCGCCAUCCUCCCCAUCGCCGCCGCCGCGCUGCCCAUCCCCGCGGCCGCCGGCGGCCGCCUCCUCCACCAGCUACUCUGCGCCUUCUCCUCCCGGGGCAAGACCGUCAGGACCGCCUCCUCGUCCUCGUCCUCGUCCAAGGCGAGGUUCACCGUUCCACAGAAAUUCUUCUUGCAUUUUUACGUGGUGGGUGUUGUUGUGACGACAACCUUGCUACUUGCAAUAUGGUUCUAUGCAUACAUGAAAAUGACACCAUUGGUGCCGGAGCCAUCGAGUUACUCCACAAUUGCUAGCCAUCUUGUUGUUAGUUCCAAUUCAUUCUCUUUGGCAAGUUUCUGGUCAUCACGCCCCAGGGAACACAAGUAUCGUGUCUGGCGGACUGUAUUUGUACUUAUAUUGAUGGAAAUUCAGGUUCUGAGACGCCUGUAUGAGACUGAACAUGUGUUCCACUACAGCCCUUCAGCUCGGAUGCACAUCAUGGGUUAUCUGACAGGUCUUUUCUACUACGUGGCUGCUCCUUUAUCGCUUGCUAGUUCUUGUCUUCCUGAAGCAAUACAGUAUCUUCGAUAUCAAAUAGCUGAGUUUAUAGUAAAGGGUCGAGCAAGAAUGCCAGAUCUAGUUAUUGACCCAUCACAUCUCUUGAAGCCUCUUCUAAAGUUGGGGUGGACCCAGUGGAUUGGUGCUGUUAUUUUCAUCUGGGGCUCGCUCCAUCAGAUCCGUUGCCAUGCAAUUCUUGGAUCAUUACGCGAACACAAAGAUUCUGAUGAAUAUGUAAUUCCGUGCGGUGACUGGUUUAGUCGUGUGUCUUGCCCUCAUUACCUUGCUGAGCUAGUAAUAUAUUUGGGCAUGCUGAUAGCUAGUGGUGGAUCAGACAUUUCGGUGUGGUUCCUAUACCUUUUUGUGAUAACAAACUUGUCCUUUGCAGCGGUACAAACUCAUAAAUGGUAUCUUCAGAAAUUUGAAGAUUACCCUCGUUCUCGCUACGCAAUCAUUCCAUUUGUAUGCUAGAUUUUUCUAGAAAAUACCAAAAACACAUCCUGUUUGUUUUCAUCAGCCUGCACUCGGACAUGCAACACAUGUUCAUGUAAAUGUAACAGUGUAGAAAUUGAAGUGCUGUAUUUUUUAACUUAAGUAGUUUCGGUCACUCUGAAUGUACUUAUUAUGUUAUAUUUGUGUAUGUAGAUUAAAAUGCACAGAUAUUUGAUUUGCAGUAUUAUUAGUUAGCCUUUUUUUAUCAUUGCAAAUAAAGUUCUUCCAGAACCAAAGACUUGUCAAAAUGUGACAAUAGCUGAGAGUGUGACAAAUAAUGUUAUUGUUCACCA